AUGUCAUCAUGUGGUGACAAGCCGUCUCGUGUCGGCAGCGGCUGCUUACUCAUGAUACAACCAGAAGACGCCCGCAGAACCAGAAGACACCCGCAGAACCAGAAGACGCCCGCAGAACCAGAAGACGCCCGCAGAACCAGAAGACGCCCGCAGAACCAGAAGACGCCCGCAGAACCAGAAGACACCCUCAGAACCACAAGACACCCUCAGAACCACAAGACGCCCGCAGAACCAGAAGACGCCCGCAGAACCAGAAGACGCCCGCAGAACCACAAGACACCCUCAGAACCACAAGACGCCCGCAGAACCAGAAGACGCCCGCAGAACCAGAAGAUGCCCGCAGAACCAGAAGACACCCUCAGAACCACAAGACACCCUCAGAACCACAAGACGCCCGCAGAACCAGAAGACGCCCGCAGAACCAGAAGACGCCCGCAGAACCAGAAGACGCCCGCAGAACCAGAAGACGCCCGCAGAACCAGAAGACGCCCGCAGAACCAGAAGACACCCUCAGAACCACAAGACACCCUCAGAACCACAAGACGCCCGCAGAACCAGAAGACGCCCGCAGAACCAGAAGACGCCCGCAGAACCACAAGACACCCUCAGAACCACAAGACGCCCGCAGAACCAGAAGACGCCCGCAGAACCAGAAGACGCCCGCAGAACCAGAAGACACCCUCAGAACCACAAGACACCCUCAGAACCACAAGACGCCCGCAGAACCAGAAGACGCCCGCAGAACCAGAAGACGCCCGCAGAACCACAAGACACCCUCAGAACCACAAGACGCCCGCAGAACCAGAAGACGCCCGCAGAACCAGAAGACGCCCGCAGAACCAGAAGACACCCUCAGAACCACAAGACACCCUCAGAACCACAAGACGCCCGCAGAACCAGAAGACGCCCGCAGAACCAGAAGACGCCCGCAGAACCACAAGACACCCUCAGAACCACAAGACGCCCGCAGAACCAGAAGACGCCCGCAGAACCAGAAGACGCCCGCAGAACCAGAAGACGCCCGCAGAACCACAAGACACCCUCAGAACCACAAGACGCCUGCAGAACCAGAAGACGCCCGCAGAACCAGAAGACGCCCGCAGAACCACAAGACACCCUCAGAACCACAAGACGCCCGCAGAACCAGAAGACGCCCGCAGAACCAGAAGACGCCCGCAGAACCACAAGACACCCUCAGAACCACAAGACGCCCGCAGAACCAGAAGACGCCCGCAGAACCAGAAGACGCCCGCAGAACCAGAAGACGCCCGCAGAACCACAAGACACCCUCAGAACCACAAGACGCCCGCAGAACCAGAAGACGCCUGCAGAACCAGAAGACGCCCGCAGAACCACAAGACACCCUCAGAACCACAAGACGCCCGCAGAACCAGAAGACGCCCGCAGAACCAGAAGACGCCCGCAGAACCAGAAGACGCCCGCAGAACCACAAGACACCCUCAGAACCACAAGACGCCCGCAGAACCACAAGACGCCCGCAGAACCAGAAGACGCCCGCAGAACCAGAAGACGCCCGCAGAACCACAAGACACCCUCAGAACCACAAGACGCCCGCAGAACCAGAAGACGCCCGCAGAACCAGAAGACGCCCGCAGAACCAGAAGACGCCCGCAGAACCACAAGACACCCUCAGAACCACAAGACGCCCGCAGAACCAGAAGACGCCCGCAGAACCAGAAGACGCCCGCAGAACCACAAGACACCCUCAGAACCACAAGACGCCCGCAGAACCAGAAGACGCCCGCAGAACCAGAAGACGCCCGCAGAACCAGAAGACGCCCGCAGAACCACAAGACACCCUCAGAACCACAAGACGCCUGCAGAACCAGAAGACGCCCGCAGAACCAGAAGACGCCCGCAGAACCACAAGACACCCUCAGAACCACAAGACGCCCGCAGAACCAGAAGACGCCCGCAGAACCAGAAGACGCCCGCAGAACCACAAGACACCCUCAGAACCACAAGACGCCCGCAGAACCAGAAGACGCCCGCAGAACCAGAAGACGCCCGCAGAACCAGAAGACGCCCGCAGAACCACAAGACACCCUCAGAACCACAAGACGCCCGCAGAACCAGAAGACGCCUGCAGAACCAGAAGACGCCCGCAGAACCACAAGACACCCUCAGAACCACAAGACGCCCGCAGAACCAGAAGACGCCCGCAGAACCAGAAGACGCCCGCAGAACCAGAAGACGCCCGCAGAACCACAAGACACCCUCAGAACCACAAGACGCCCGCAGAACCACAAGACGCCCGCAGAACCAGAAGACGCCCGCAGAACCAGAAGACGCCCGCAGAACCACAAGACACCCUCAGAACCACAAGACGCCCGCAGAACCAGAAGACGCCCGCAGAACCAGAAGACGCCCGCAGAACCAGAAGACGCCCGCAGAACCACAAGACACCCUCAGAACCACAAGACGCCCGCAGAACCACAAGACGCCCGCAGAACCAGAAGACGCCCGCAGAACCACAAGACACCCUCAGAACCACAAGACGCCCGCAGAACCAGAAGACACCCGCAGAACCAGAAGACGCCCGCAGAACCAGAAGACGCCCGCAGAACCACAAGACACCCUCAGAACCACAAGACGCCCGCAGAACCAGAAGACGCCCGCAGAACCAGAAGACGCCCGCAGAACCAGAAGACACCCUCAGAACCACAAGACACCCUCAGAACCACAAGACGCCCGCAGAACCAGAAGACGCCCGCAGAACCAGAAGAGGCCCGCAGAACCAGGAGACGCUGCGCGGACCUGGCUGCUCUAUCGGCGAAAGAGUUUAAGAGGCCGUGCCGGACGAGAGGCGGCAGUAAAAGUCGGCCCGCGGAGCGACCGGCGCAACAGGUGUAG